CACCCUGAUAAUGCGAACUUUGAUAACUCAAAUCCCGACAGUUCGAAUCUUGAUAACUCGAACCUAGAUAAUUCGAAUCCCGAUAAUUCGAACAUUGAUAGCUCGAACCCCAAUAAUUCGAAUUUUGAUAAUUCAAACCUCGAUAAUUCGAACCUUGACAAUACACAUCCUGAUAAUUCGAACUUUGAUAACUCAAAUCCCGACAGUUCGAAUCUUGAUAACUCGAACCUCGAUAAUUCGAAUCCCAAUAAUUCGAACAUUAAUAGCUCGAACCCCAAUAAUUCGAAUUUUGAUAAUUCAAACCUCGAUAAUUCGAACCUUGACAAUACACAUCCUGAUAAUUCGAACUUUGAUAACUCAAAUCCCGACAGUUCGAAUCUUGAUAACUCGAACCUCGAUAAUUCGAAUCCCAAUAAUUCGAACAUUGAUAGCUCGAACCCCAAUAAUUCGAAUUUUGAUAAUUCAAACCUCGAUAAUUCGAACCUUGACAAUACACAUCCUGAUAAUUCGAACUUUGAUAAAUCAAAUCCCGACAGUUCGAAUCUUGAUAACUCGAACCUCGAUAAUUUGAAUAUUGAUAGCUCGAAUUCCAAUAAUUCGAAUUUUGAUAAUUCAAACCUCGAUAAUUCGAACCUUGACAAUACAUAUCCUGAUAAUUCGAACUUUGAUAAAUCAAAUCCCGACAGUUCGAAUCUUGAUAACUCGAACCUCGAUAAUUCGAAUCCCAAUAAUUCGAACAUUGAUAGCUCGAACCCGAAUAAUUUGAAUUUUGAGAAUUCAAACCUCGAUAAUUCGAACCUUGAUAAUCCCAAUCCCAAUAAUUCUAAUCUCUUUAAUUCGAAAACCUCUAUAAGACCUCUAAAUGAGUAUUUCGUUCAUUCUCUUCCACCCCAGCCCUUAAAAUCCUCUAUUAAUUCAUAA